ACAGCCUAUACUUCAGAAAUGGCGGAGGGGGAGUUGGACGUCGAUUCGCUUAUCUCCAGGCUCUUAGAGGUGCGAGGAUGUCGUCCAGGGAAGAUUGUGCAGAUGACGGAAGCUGAGGUUCGAGGUUUGUGCAUCAAAUCCAGAGAGAUCUUCCUCAGCCAACCCAUUUUGCUGGAGCUGGAAGCUCCGCUCAAAAUCUGUGGUGAUAUCCAUGGCCAGUACACAGACUUGCUAAGGCUCUUUGAAUACGGUGGCUUCCCUCCGGAGGCGAACUACCUGUUCCUGGGGGACUAUGUGGACAGAGGGAAGCAGUCUCUGGAGACCAUUUGCCUUCUGCUGGCGUACAAGAUCAAAUACCCCGAAAACUUCUUCCUCCUGAGGGGCAACCACGAGUGUGCCUCCAUCAACCGCAUCUACGGCUUCUACGACGAAUGCAAACGCAGGUUUAACAUCAAACUCUGGAAGACAUUCACCGACUGUUUCAACUGCCUCCCCAUCGCCGCCAUCGUCGACGAGAAAAUCUUCUGCUGCCACGGAGGCCUCUCUCCCGACCUACAGUCCAUGGAGCAGAUCAGGAGGAUCAUGAGGCCGACAGACGUACCUGACACAGGGCUGCUGUGUGAUCUGUUGUGGUCAGACCCUGACAAGGACGUCCAGGGCUGGGGAGAAAACGACCGCGGAGUCUCGUUCACCUUCGGUGCCGACGUGGUCAGCAAGUUUCUGAACCGCCACGAUCUGGACCUCAUCUGCAGAGCUCACCAGGUGGUGGAGGACGGAUAUGAGUUCUUUGCAAAGCGGCAGUUGGUCACUCUGUUCUCAGCGCCCAACUACUGUGGAGAGUUUGACAACGCCGGCGGGAUGAUGAGUGUGGACGAAACACUCAUGUGUUCUUUCCAGAUUCUGAAGCCCUCGGAGAAGAAGGCCAAGUACCAGUACGGCGGGAUGAACUCCGGUCGGCCAGUCACCCCUCCCCGCACAGCCACCCCUCCCAAAAAACGGUGAAGGGAGUUAAACGAAGGAUAACACGAGAGGAGAGAGAGAGAGAGAGAGAGAGAGAGAGAGAGAGAGAAAAGAGGUGUAUGAAGACGUGAAGACGACAUAGAAUCGCGUGAGCCCCUCCCUCUCCCUAGCAACAGCUCACGACCUAAAAAAAAAACAUAAAUAAAAAAAAAAGUAGAUAAACGC